CUCGCUCAAGAUCUCUCUCUGUUUUCUCUUGCCGUGGUGUAAUGAUACGUACAUGUAAUGCUAAAACUAUUUGUUGAUCGUAUAACACUUCACCGGCGCAUCUUUAACGACACCAUUGGCCAAUCACGAGUCAGUAUACCUUUCAUUCGUCAUAAACCAUUUUCCCUUAUCAUAUCUUUUUAUUCACUUUAUGUUACAGACUCGACAAGAAAAAAAACCCGGGUGAAUACAAAUUAAAUUGUAAUAGGGGGAUACGAGGAGGUAAUUUGACUAGAAAAGUAUAAAAACGCAUUCCCUAAUGGGUCACCGCGCCGUAUUUCCAACCCGCUCAAAUAACAUACCUCAUGAAAUACAAUGUCGGAAUGAAAAUCGUAUCCGCUUUCGUCACAAAUUAGUCAACCAAACUCUUAAUCGGCUCUCCUAGGGGAGACAGGUAUAAUGCUGCAUGUAUUCCAGUGGGGAAAGGGAGAUACAUGAGAUAAAGACAGGACAACAAAAAAAAUCGGUGCGCAUGUCAUCUUUCCAUCUUUUCUCUUCAAGUUUGCAACCAAUUGAAGGUAGUUUGACAAGAUUGUAUAAAUAGGGGAAUCUUCGGCAAAUUCUUUGCAGCAGUAAGGUUGUAUCCAUAAGGCAUUAUCCGGCAAACAUUUGAAGAAAGGAAGAGGAAGUGAAAAUCUAAACAGAGUUUCCGUGCCAGCAUUAUUACUUAAGCUUGACUCCUGCCCUACUAUACUGCAGUGUUCACAAUUCCAAAUUUGAAAGUAAAUGAAGAGUUCGACAACGUCGCCAAAUGAUGUUUUUUGUUGCAUGGUUUCAAGCAUAUUAAACAAAAUUUUCCCGCUCUCAUCAGAUUAAACUCAUUUGCAGACUUCGUUAGACAAGAGGAUGUGAAAUCGAAAGAAUCAAAAAUUCAGAUUCAUUACAAAAAUAAAAUCACCGAUUAUAACAUGCAGAUUCCAUCGCAAGUCUCAUCGUUGAAACCGUCGUCAGUUUCGACGCUGGAUGAAAACUUCGAAGUUAGCACUGAUCUGUUAACUGCCGUGCCUCGCGUCAAUGCAUCAGUUGAGACCAUCAUUUCACCGGAAACCCAAGAUCUCACCAUUUUCGUGGUUUUGAUAUUUGUCGUAUUACUGCCGCUGUCAUUAUUUGUCAUCACUGGGAACAUCCUCGUGAUCAUUGCCGUGCACAAGAGCUUUCAUCUUCGGGAGAGAAUCUUCUACUACGUCGUAGGUAGUAUGGCAGUCACUGAUUUACUUGUCGGGUUUUCUAUUAUACCCUUGUAUUAUGCGGCCAUAUUUGUUGACACACUGAAGGGUAGUCUUUACGGCUGUAUGACGAUGAUUAGCGUUGUGAUGAUACCAAGUACCAUAUCUAUACUUCACGUUCUUGUCAUCGCUGCCGAUCGGUACAUUGCCGUUUUCUAUUCCUUAGAGUAUAUACGCAUGGUCACGCAACGAAGAAUUUUCAUAACCAUCGUCAUGAUUUGGAUAUUCGCGCUCCUAUUCCACGCCCUCCCCUUCAUGGGAUGGAGAAAGAAACAUUCCGCAUCCUUCGUGAUGGAGUACUGCUUUACGGACCAGUUCUGGACACCACCGGUGGCAUGCUUUCAAUUUGGUCUUACAGUCAUAGCACCUCUCUGCAUCAUGAUUGGCAUCUAUGCACGAAUCAUAAGAGCUGCGCGUCUUCAAGCGCGUCGUGUCGACGCGCAACAACAAUUCGCCCUCAACAGAGGGGAGGCGAUUGAAAACGGGCAGCUGUCCGUCAUUUCUGUCGACAGCAACAGCCGGCCGACUGAAUCGCAGGCCCCAGUCGUCAGGAUCCGACGCGGUCCAACUACGGCCGAGUUGAAGGCCACAAAGACAUCGGCGAUAGUGCUUAGUACCUUCCUUUUAUGUUGGUUACCUGCAUACUGCGUACAUAUUGCUUUUACGUUCAUCAAUAACAACCGGGCAGAACCACUCCACAACCCCACUAUUGGCCUUCUGCACGCCUCGUCCAAUCUCCUGCCAUUCAUUAGUUCCGGAGCAAAUCCUGUCAUUUACGCAUUUAGCUAUCAGGAUUUCCGUAGGUCUUUCAAACAGUCCUUGUCUUUUUACCGACGAAACAAUUGAAAUGUCUUCGAUUAAGCUCAACAAAGUUAGUUACGCCGAAGUACAAAAGGACCUUAUUGGAAUCCGGGAUGUUUGGCACUCUUAUAAGUUUAAAGCUGAAUCGAAGUUAUUGCUCUAAAUAGAAUGUCAGAAAACCACCAAUUACUUGUAUAGAAAUAGAAAAGGCAAUCGUCUUUUUUUGUUGUUGCCUAUUUCAACAAUUACAAUUUCUGAUAUUAGACAUAGAACUGUUUAUUCAUAAUUAAUCUUGAGGUAAAACAAAUGCCUGCCAGGUUUGCUGCCAAUGAUCAAACCGAUCUUUAAUUCUUUAUACUAACGGAUUCUUUGUGGUUUUUGUAACAUGCCUUCAAUCGGUUUAUUUUUACUUAUACUGUAGAAUGGGUAUCAUACAAUCAAGUAAUUACCGAAGCAUGACCAGCCAUGCAUCCGGUAAAUUUGCCAUGCGUCUGGUAAUUAAUUAUGCAUGGUUGUAAAAAAAAAAUGAUUUUACUGCCCAUACACAAAUUCCACCAUUCUAUAAAACAAAUAAUACACAGGAUUGUUCGUGCAUCGAUAGGACUAGUGAGCAUGCCAUAACUAU